UCGUGUAUAUAAAUUUGGUGGGACACACAAAUACUUUGCAUUCAACGGCAGAAUUUAUUUGAGAGUAAUUAAGUCUAAGACGAUUCGUAAAAUGAAAGUAUUCAGUUUCUUAAUAAUUUUAAUUGUUUCGAUAAUUCUGUCAUCAAAGAAUGAGUCUGAAGCAUUCGGAGGGAACAAUUGGUUUUGGGAUUGGAUAACAAAAAAAAAUAAUGAUAGAGAAACUACUACAGCUCCUUCUCCUGUUACAACUACAACUCCUUCUCCUGUCACAACUACAACUGUUUCAAUUACGGAAGAUGAAGAAAUGCAGGCAAUUACUAAUAUUUCAUACAGUAUUAAUCAAUUUGCCUUUGAAUUACAUAAGGCUAUGGCAAAAAAAACAGAUGGAAGUUUUAUCUCAUCGCCAUUAAGUGCAGCAAUGGUACUCAUGAUGGCAGCUUAUGGUGCACGUGAUGAAAAUGCCAAGAAAGUGAAUUCCUUGUUACAUUUCGAUACUAAUAAUAGGAUGUACAAAACAGGCAUAAAUUUAUUGAUUGAAAUGUUUAAUACAUUCGAUCCGAUAAGAUUUAAAAUAGGAAAUAAAAUAUACGCUGGAAAAAAUCAAGACACCAAAUCAGAUCUUAUAAGCUUAGUAAGUAAAAUUUUCGAAUCGUCAAUUGAAAAUGUUGAUUUUGGAAGUUCUAAAGAUACGAUGAAGAAAGUAAAUGAUUGGCGUGCAGAAAUAGAUCAUCAGCGUAUUAGAAAUGUUAUUGAGUCAGAUGAAAUUAGUAAAGAUACUGAACUUUUUUUUAUUAAUUCGUUAUAUUUUUCGGCAUUAUGGAAAUGUCCCUUUGAUGAAACAAUGACUGCACCAACUAAUUUUCUUAUGAAUAAUGGAGAAGUCAUAGUAAAACCGGUUAUGUCCACACUGCAGGGAGCAAAUUCUCAUCGUCUUCCUGAAUUAGAACGUGCUGCUAAUACAUUAGAAUUCAAGGGAGAUAUAAAUAAUGAUGACUUAAUGAAAUUCACUUUGAUUGACGAUAGUCGUAGUGUUAACAUUGAUGAUCUUGGACGCGAUUUACAUGCAUUACACCUCUUUGAUUUUAAAAAGAAUUCGGAUUCUUAUAUGGAAAUGCCAAAAUUCAGAAUUGAGAGUACAAUCAAUUUAGAGGAUAUGCUUAAUGAUUUAGAAAUAAUAACUGCAUUCGAAAAAAUCGCUAAAACCUCCAGUAUCUCAAAACAAGGUUCUGAACUAAAAAUGAACAGGGUAGCUCAAAAAUUGACAUUUGAAAUUAACGAAUUGGGUAUUGAAGCUGCAGUUCAUAGUGAAGCUUCUUUCGACAACGGAACAACAACAAAUAGUGAUCCGGAACCACUAGAACAAGUUCCAAUUUUUAUUGGUAACCCGUUCGUUUUCCUUAUUACAUAUAAUAACACCAUUCUUUUUACUGGACGUUUUAUUAAAAGUUAAUUUUUAAACAAUUUACAAAAUUUUUUCGAAAAAUUUUUGUUUUUCAUUUAAUAAUAUAUUAAUUAAUUAAAGAUUUAUUAUAAUUAUUAUUUAAUAAUUAUUUACAUCAAAAUA